AUGACAAUACGAGCCGCGCUCAUCGUCAACAACCACGGCAAACCACGGCUCACAAAGUUCUACACCCAGCUCCCCGCCUCGCGCCAACAAGCGCUCAUCAAAGAGAUCUUCCGUCUCGUCUCGAAACGACCCGAAGGCGUCUGCAACUUUCUCGACGCAACCGAGCUCACCGCACUCCUCCCCCCGCCUGCCGAUGCAGUUGGAUUCUCCUCGUCGCUGAACAAGUCCAAAACCGAAAAGGAUCCUUCUUACUCGUCCUCAUCAUCAUCCUCGUCCUCCUCUUCGGAUCAACUCCGCGUGAUUUACCGACACUACGCUACGCUGUACUUCGUCUUUGUCGUCGACUCGAGCGAGUCCGAGCUGGGCAUCUUGGAUCUCAUCCAGGUGUUUGUUGAAAGUCUCGACCGGUGUUUUGAAAACGUCUGCGAGCUCGACCUCAUCUUUCACUUUGACGAAGUGCACGCCAUUCUCAACGAGGUCAUCCAAGGCGGUCUAGUUGUAGAGACGAACAUCAACGAGAUCGUAGCAGCGGCACAGACGACGGCGAGAGCGAGGAAGGCUUCCGUGGCUCAAUCUGGCGGUGCUGGUGCAAUCACCUCUAAUCACCUGCGCCAUCCUCGAUCGCAGCUCAUUCAUUCGAACUUCGAGCAUAUUGACAGUGACUGA